UUCUUCACUAUAAAUACCCUCUCAGCUCUCACUCUCAGGCACCACUACACUUCACUACUGUCGCCUGAAACUGAUCACUUUACUUUUCUACAUAGUUAACCUGAGUCAAAUUCAAAGUUAAGAAAACAUAAAAAAUGAAGCUCUUGUUUGCAACUUUGCUGGUUUGCUCUCUUCUUCUGAGUUCUUCACUCUUGGAACCAGCCAUGGCUCAGCCUCUGUCACCGUUUUGCGUGGGCAAGUGCGACGCUAGGUGCAAGAAGGCAGCGGUGUGGGAUCGGUGCAUUAAGUACUGUGGGUUAUGCUGUGAGCAGUGCAAGUGCGUGCCUUCAGGAACUUAUGGAAACAAGCACGAGUGCCCUUGCUACAGGGACAAGAAGAGCAAGAAGGGCACGCCAAAGUGCCCUUGAAGUUCAAACAGGCCUUCAAUAUCUGUAAUUGAAUUAUCCGAAGUGAGCUCCAUAGCUAGAGCAAAAGAGUGAGAAAGAGAGAGAGAUGCGUUAACUUCCAGUAGUAAUUUGUACGGGAAGACAUAUAUGCAUGUGCUUAUAAUAAGAAAAUAUUUCUUGUUCCCCUUGAA